UUGAAAAUUACACUGACAGUUACUCUUUAGGAAAAUCUCUGAACUCACAAAACAUUACAAAAAAAUUAGUUUAAGGAGUUUUAGAGAAACGCAGUUUCAGUCUGAUUGACGUCCCCUUGAGUGUUUCCUUCAUUCCCAUGAAAUUCCUUGAUCCAGGAAAUGGAUCAGGAUGAAAGGCAGAGAAAAUUAGAGGCCGGACGAGCAAAGCUUGCUCACUUUAGACAGCGCCGGGCAAAAAGCGAAAGUUCGAGCUCGCAGAAAAAGACGCCGAAGAGGAAGGGCCAAACUGUCCAGACGAAUGAUUGGUCAGCGCAAGAUUGCCACCUAGAGGAACCAGAGACAGACGAUUGUCAUGGAGAGAUCAACAAGGAAUACUCGGAGGCAUCACUCAGACCUGAUGGCACAGAGAGCAGUGCUCCAGAGGUCCUUCAGUGCAGCAGAGAGGACGAUGAAACUGAUGCCUCUGCCAGAGACCCAGAAGAGGACCUCUGUUCAGAGUCAGAGCUGCCCGAUCAAGUAGAGGAUGAACUUGCAGAAAUGAUUAUAGUUGCACAUACUGACAAAGAACAACUGAAGCGAUUACAGGCUGCAGUAGAAAAACGGAAUGAGAUCAUAUCACAGCUUAGUGAGAACCUGCAGGUGGCGCUGCAGAGCAGAGACCAGGUACAGCUGGAGGCACAGCAGCUCACUGGUCAGAUUCAGUCACUACAACAGCAACUACAGCAGGCUAAGGAAUAUCUACGUAGCAAAAGUCAAGGGUGUGUGGAUCUGACCCAGGCUGUUCAAAAUCAGCUGCAUGUACAAUUGGAGGAGUCGCAACAGAUGACUAAGGAGCAACAGUGCCUUUUGGCCCAAAAAGAAACUGAGAUAACAGACCUGCAACAGAAAUUGUGUGUCAUGGAAAAAUCCCUCUCUCAGCUUCAACAUGCCUUUACCCAGAGAAGUGGUGAUCAAAAAGAUCUAAGACUUGACCAACAUGGUAGUUUAGAUUUAUCCACUGUCAGCCCUCUGUUCCCAGACAACAGUCCUGACUCAGACUCUGAAGCUUUAAUGCAAAGCCUUAGAGCUGAGCUAGAGGAAGAGCGUAAGAACAGCCAGCGAGCUCAAGAACAAGUAGAAGCAUUUCAGAAGAGGGUACAGAGUCUGGAGAGUGAGAAGACCCUGAUGGAAGCUCAUCUGGCUGCAGUUAAUGAAACACAAGCCCAGGAAGCCCAGAAAUAUAAAGCAGAGAAAGAUAAACUGAACCAAGAAAUGGCUAGAUUAGAUAACCUUGUGAAGGAGCUUCAAAAUCGUCUUCAUGAAGAGGAGGAGACGGGACGCCAUAUGCGUUCCAAAUAUGAAGCCGAUAUUUCCAAUUAUGAUCUCAGGCUUCAGACUCUGGAGGAGGAAAGGGAAUUGAAUGUAGCCCAGCUAACUGAAGCUCAUGAGGCUGCUCUUAGUCGCCUGCAGAAGGAGCACUCUGAUGAGAUCCAUCGCAUCCAGGAGCUUCUGAACCAGGCCCAAAGUCAGCAUACCGAUUCUCAUUAUAAUGUUUCCAAAAACUUUGGUGCAGACGUACCCUGGAAAAAAGUCUCCAAAGAGCUUUACAAUGAGGAGACAGCCACUGAGAGUGCAGGCAGAGAUGACUAUAGUUUUGACGUCCCUGCAGGGGGUUUCCAGGAUGAUCUGAUGGAACGUUACUUGGCCUCUGAAGGGCCUCAAGAAAGCUCAUUGAUUGAAGGGAGUAUGGAGGAAUGUAGCCUGAUGGAAAGCUCUGAGACGUCCAGGUUUGAGCUAGACAGUGAGGUUAUAUUUCACACUUCAGAUGUUCCUAACAAUGUCACAUCUGAUGGUGAUAAGUCAGAGCCAAGACUGUCUGUAGUUCAUAGCAUUGAAGUGCCCCAACCUGAUGAAAUGUCCUUCACUAAUGCCCAGUGGCAAAACUCAACCUCAGUUGUUGAAGAGCUGAAUGAUAGCGCAGGCACUGUGGACUUGGCAAAAGAGCUUCUAAUCCAGCAGUGCCGAGACCUGUCAGAGCAGUUAGAAGAGCGGGAACGACAGCUCGAGGUUCUUCAAGAGGAGGUUCAGCACUCUGCUGAGGAGGUUGAGGAGGCACGGGAGCGUUGGAGCAAAGCUUCAGAGGAGCUUGAAGAAGCUAAGUGGGAGCUGGAGAUGGAACGUGAGAAAAGAAUUCAGUAUGAGGAAGUUAUCAGCCAGAAAAUGCAUGAAGAAGACAACCUCAAGAACAUACUGAGUCACCUCCAGAUCCAGAAACGGCUGCAGCUUCAGGACAAUGAAAGGUUAAUGCCUGACAACACUGACUCCAAUAAGACCUCAAUCUUUUUAUCUAUAGAGGAGUUGUUAAAGGAACUAAAGGAGGAAAAUGCCCAAUUGGUGCUACAGCUCAAAUGUCAGGAGCAGCUAGUGAAGGAUGUCCAUGAGCAGAAACCAGCAUUGGACUCUAUAAAUAGUGAGCUUUCCUCUUUGCAAGCUCAGAGAGAUGAAUUUCUACUUCAGCUGGAGCAACAAAGGGGAAAAAACCAAGCUACUUCAGUGCUGCUUGGUCAAAGGACCUUGCAGGUGGACCAAGCCAAUAGAGAGCUUCAGCAGCUUAAAGCUGAAGUGGAAGAGAAGGUUGGAAGGUUGCAGAACUUGGAGAAAGAGAAGACAGACCUUGAAUCUAAGCUAAUGUGCCUUAAAGAGAACCUCAACAACAUGGAAGAGGAGAAAGCUACCCUUGAAAGACGUCUCCAAGCUUUGGAGGACCAAGCAAAGAGCAUGGAGGUGGUUCUAGAAUCAGAACUGAAGAACUUUGAGCACCAACUUGAAUCAAAGGAUGCAGAGCUCAAGGAAGUUAAGGAAGUCAAAGAGAAGGCAGAAGAGGAAUACAUGGAAAAGGAGAGUGCCUUAAUGAAAGAGCUCAUCACAGUCAAACAGGAUCUGGAAGAAAGACAGAAGCAACAUGAGGAGGAGAAGAGAAUUCUGGAAAAGAAACACCAGAAAGAGGCUAAAUACUUGAAUGUACGUUUUGAGCGGGAACAUUCUGAACAGUCUACUCAUCUGGAAGAUGAGCAGAAGAGACAGAUCAGCUUGAUUAAACAGGUCUAUGAACGAGAGCAUGAGAGGGAGCUGACGCAGCUGGCAGCCCAACAUAGUGAGGAAAUCUGCAUACUUAAAGAUGAACUCUCCAGGGAGCUACAAGACGGCCUGGAGGCUGCACACCAGGCUGAGCUGCUCCAAACACAAAGCCAGCACAACCUGGAGCUGGAAGCCUUGCGUCUGAGCUUGACCAACUUGCACACUGCUCAGCUGGAGCUUUCUCAAACCAACAUGCAGAAAGAUAAGGAAGUGGCCCUCAGUGAGCUGCAGACCAUGUUACGAGAGAAAUGGGCACAGGAAAGCGCCAUGCUGCAGACGCGCCAACAGUUUGAGCUGGAGAGAAUCCGGGGGCAGAGCCAAGAGCAGGAACAAAGAAACCAGCGACUGCACCAACAAGAGAUUGAUAAUCUGAACUGGGAAUGGGAGAAGAGAGUUUUGGAAGAGAAGAGCUUAGUGGAACAGUUGCAGGCCCGUAAACUAGAGGAUCUAAAGGCUGAGUUGCUCUUGGAGGCUGAGAAGGUCAAGACAGAACUCCAGAGUCAAUUAAAUGAUGCGCAUCAUAAACUGAGUGAGACCCAGGCAGCUUUCACUGAGGCUGAAGUAGCUCUGUCUGAGACGCAGGGUAGGCUAGAAGAACUGCAGAGUUCCAGAGAUCAAGAUGUCAAGAAUCUGGAGAAAGAGCUCAAGCAGGCCUUGACUGACAGAGAUGCUGCUGCACGUGCAGUUGAGGAGUUGGUUGCAUGUCACAAGGCAGCACUGCAGGAGAAACAGGAACAUUCCCGAGCCCUGGAGCAGAGAGGAAAAGAGCUGAAACAAGAGGUUGACCGUCUACAGUCAGAAAAGGAGGAACUGAAGACCAAUUCAGAACAGGAGAUCUCAAACCUCUGGUCCCAGCUGGAGAGCAUGAGAACCAACAGACAAGAUCUCGGAGGCAUUUCGCACCAAGAAGAGCAGAAACAACUGGAAGAGAAGUUGACCCUUCAGAGAGAUGCUGCCCUGGAUCAACAGAGAGAACGGCAUGCUGUGGAGCUGCAGGCCCAGAAAACGCUCCUGGAUGAGAGAGCUGCACAAUUAGAGCGUCUUGAAAAGGACUGUCAGGAACUCAAAAUACACCACUGGGAGGAACUGGAAUCACUGAGGACCAAUCACAAAAUGGCCUUGGAGACCUUGGAGAUGGAGCUUACAAAUAAACACAAGGUAGAGCUCGACAGAUUGGAGGCGGUCCUUCAGGAGACCAACCUGGCACAGCUUGAAGCUCAAGAGGCGGAGCUUCAGGCACGACACAAACGGGAGAGGGAGGAGCUUGAGGAGAGGCUGUUGGCGAACAUGGACACACUGGAGAGCACGUUCUUGAAAGAAAUUCAGGCAGUACGGGACGAGAAGGAAAGAGAACUGCGUGACCUUGUAGAACACUAUAUUGGAGAGAUUGAAAGGGUGAGAAAGGUGGAGCAAACCAUCAGAGAGGACCUCAGAAGUGAGCUUGCUAAGGUCCAUAUGGAUAAAUUCAGCGCCAUGGCAGCAGAAUUGAAUCAAGCCCAUCAGGCGGAGAUCUCUGAAGCGGUCUCCUCUCAAAGGGCUGCUCUGGAGGAUGAGCAUAGAUCUACUCUGGAAGCUCUUCAGCAACAAGUAGUUGCUUUAGAGGAGCAGCAUAGCGCCGCCCUUCUGGAGAUCACUGAUCUUGCCGCUGCAAAGGAAAAGCAACAUGAGCAACAACUGGAUGUGCUGGCUACUCAAUAUCAGCAACAGCUACAGGAGUUAAGAGGAGUGUCUGCCAGGGAGCUGGAGGCUCUCCGUAGGGAAUUAGAGGAAGACGCGUCAAGGCAACGCCUCCACUUCCUGGAAGAGGCAGAGCUUCUCAAGUGCAAGUCUGAGGAGCUGUUGCAGCACAAAAUUGCUCAGUUAAAGGAGGAGAGUGACCAGGACAAGGCUGCUGCUCUUGAAGAGCUGGAAAGGACUUUAAGACAGAAACACGAGCAAACUGAACUCGCCUACAGUGACAAGAUGAGCCAACUCAAUGUGCAGUUACAGCAGCUGGACACUGUAGUGUCACAGCUACGAGCAGAGGUGAGCGGGCUGCAGGUUGAGCUAGAGGGCAAGCGGGCAGAGAUGGACACGCUGGAGACGCUCCUGCAACGCAGAGACCGGGAGAACCAGGAGGGAGACAAUCUACUGGCCAUGCUCAGAGCUGACCUCAACACGGCCUCACAGCAAAGACAAGACCUGCAAACAGCACGUGACAAACUACAGCGGAUGCUCAUAGAGAUGCUUCGAAUCACUAUGGCAACGGAAGAGCACAUCAACCACAAGUUAGGGGCUUGUGUGUCAGGUGGUCAGGCUGGAGACAAAACACCCAACUCUAUGACAGCCAGCAGUAGCCGUGAUUCACGUGAAACAGGAGAGGUGAUUGGCGUAGAGGGAGGUGCUGAUUGUAGCGUGUGGUCUUCGGCUGUGGACGAGGGGUUGGAAAUGUCUCAGAGGCUGUGUGAGAGUGUGUUCUCUGGGCCGGAGGGAGAGAUGGAGGCGGAAGGCGAGGAGCUCAUGCUGGGUGCCUGUACACGUCUACGCACCGCUGUUGAUAAACUACUGGAGCUGCUCUCUGAGUCCUCACAGCAGUUGGAGCAGAUGUGUGGUCUACAGGCUGUGCUAAAUGAGCGGUUCAGAGAUGGAGGUGAGGCCGGAGCGUCUCUGCUGUUUCAGAACUCUCAGCUCCUGGAGCAGCUGGAUCAUGAGGCCAGUCUGAAGAGCCAGUUACAACUGGAGCUGCACAAGGCCGAAGGUCUGAUGGAAGGCUACGUAGCUGAGAAAGCCUCUUUGGAGGAGGCCCUUCAGCAGAAAGAGACACAGCAGCAGCGUCUGGCAGAGGAGCUGGAGAGCACACGCAUCCAUCUGCAGCAGCUCAGUGAAAAUCACACCCUCCUCCUGCGUCAGAGAGAAGCCCUUACGGCCGGCCUCGGAGACACUGAGAAGGCUCUGCUAGUGGAGGCUGAGCGUCUGGGGCAGGAGUGUGUGGAGGUGCAGCGGCAGGCGGAGAAGGAUUGCGGUGGUUUGGCGUCUCGUCUGCAGAUGCUGGAACAGGCCCUGGAGGAGCAGGAGAGCCAGCAAAUUGAGGACUUGGUUCUUCAGGUGGAAAGUCUUCAGGCUCUGAUCAAAGAUAAGAUAGAAGACUAUAGUGUACUGUUGUCAGCAAAAGAGCAGUGUCAGCGUGAUGUGGAAGAACGUAAUGAAGAGAUUGAAAAAUUGGCAGCUCGUAUCCGAGAGUUGGAGCAGGCAUUGCUAAGCUGUGCAGAGUCCAGCCGAACGGUCACACAGCUGGAGCAAGAACUUCAGAAAGCACGCAAGAACCUUCAGGAGCUCACACAGGAUAAAGAAGCUUUGCAGCAGCAGCAGUAUGCUAAUAAACUCCAGAUCUCUGCCCUACAGUCCAAACUUGAUGAGACCAGACACCGUUUCCCUGAUAUGACCCCUGAGCCCAACCUCCGGGAGCAGCUGGAAGCCACACAACAGGAUCUGCAGACCAAAGAACAACAGGUGGAAUUUCUGUCAGAGCGUAUAAGUGAGCUUGAGAAGGAUUUGGUAGUGAGAGAGGAAGGGUUUGGACAACUAACACUACAGCUGGAGCUCAAAAACAGAGAAAGCAGAGCUACAGAAGAUCAGCUUCACGCACACAUCACGCACCUGCAGGAGACUGUGGACGCUUUGACAAGGCGACUAGAAGAGGGCAGCGACGAAUCCAUCCUUCAGCUGCCUUCUGCCCUUCUGGAGGAGAAGAAUCUGGAGAUCGACCACUUAAACCAGCAGAUCCUCCAGCUGCAGCAGGAGCUUGAUAUGACCAAUGAUAAUAAGACGCUAGAGGAAAAGCAAUUUGAGAUUGAAGAGCUGCGCUCUCUGGUUGAGCGUCUUCGUUGUGACCAGGAACGUUUACGGCAGGCAAAGGAAGAAGAGACUGAGCAGCUCCAUGAAGUUAUUAACAAGCUUCAAGAGGAGUUGAGCCAGCUUGACCCCAACCAUCAUGAAGUCAGUGACCUCAACACUGACAGCCCCGAGUCAUCGGACUUCCCUUGGAACCCUCAUCCUCGCCAGCAGAGGGCGCCCGAGGAAAGUCUGUGCCAGGAGCUCAGCAGCCACACGCUGCAAUCGUCUCGCGCUCGCUUGCAGGAGUUACAGAUUGAGCUGGAGCGAGCAGCUGGAGAGAAGGACUCUCUUCAGAGACUGUUGCUCUCCCAAGAGGAACAGUAUGGAAGCCAGGUGGAGACACUCGGCCGGAGUCUCGGAGAGGAAAGGGGGAAGGUGGUCGUGUUGGAACAGGAGGCAAAUGAGCUGAAACUCCAGCUAGAGGAGAAGCGGACAGAAGCUGAGAGAUUGGCGGAUCGUGUGGAAGUGUUGGAAGAUACAGAACAAGCUCAUCAGUCCAGGCUUAGAGAGUCUGAACUCCAGUUGAGAAGGGUAGAGGAGAGAAGAGACAAGGUCCAACAGGAGCUUGGCAGGCUGCAGGAGGAGGUGAAGAACCAGUGUGUUGAGAAGGAGCUUCUGGAAAACCAAAUAUCCAAACUGCAAAGCAACGAAGAGAAGUAUCAGAAUGAACUUGCCGCUUUACGAUCCAAACUCAAAGAGCAUGAGGAGAGCGCCCAAGUAAGCAAAGCCACCAUCAUUGCCUUGGAGGCAAGCAAAAAAGAACUGUUCGUUGAGAGAGAGGCUCUGAGAAAACGGGAGGGAUGCCUCCAGGAGGAAAUCGAGCGUUUGAAACAGGAAGUGACAUCAAAGACAAAUUACAUAAAAGAACUAUGUGAGCAACAGGAAGAGACUGUGGCUAAACAAGGUGAAGCUCAGAAAAAAGGACUGACAUGUGCUGAAGAGACCUUGGCUAAAGCUGAGACUGCUUUACGUGAGAGAGAAGAGCAGCUGAUCCACCUGAGGGCGGAGCAUGAUGCUCUAAGGGCGGAGCUAGCAUCUGUGAAGGAGGGGCUUAGUACCAGCACAGAGAGAGCGGAGAAGCUACAGGAAGAGGGACAGACGAAAGAUCGUGCAUUGGCUGAUCUCGAGGUCCAUAACCAGCACCUGAAGGCGGAGUUGCGGAGUCUGCAGGAUGACCUUGCUGUGCAAGAAGAAGAGUUAGCCUAUCAGCAGCAGGAGCUAGAGCAGCUCCGACAGCGCUGCAACCUGCAGGACCACCAUCCCAAACACGGCCACCGCUUUCUUGAAGGCCUCUCCCGUGACCCAUCCCUCUCUGCUUCCCUAUCUUCCCCAGAGAUCCUGCGUAGGUUGGACUGCAGUGAAGAGCGCCCCUCUCAUCUGCAGGUAUCUCACCUCUCAGAGCUCAGUGCGCUACACAACGCCACCCUGGAGCUCCACAGCAAGCCUUCACCUAUGGAGCGUGAAAAAGAGAGACCACACGCCAGACAAACUUUUAUCCCACCUUCAGAGGAAGUCCCACCCAGCACACACACUGCAUCCUCAUGCUCACUUACUGUGUCUGAACACCUUUCUGUGCUCGACUCACUGGAUGCAAAUAAGGUUGAUGAAUUGGACAAUUCAGAUGUGACACCAUCUCGGUCUCCACUUGGUUCCACCUCUCCUGUGUCUGUGCCGGAGUGGGUCAGCGAUGGAUAUGGCAGCAAUGUGAGCUCAGAGUUGGAAGCCAUGCUGAAGCUUGAGUUGGAGAAUACAGAGCGUUUAGAUGCUCAUUUUGUAGAGUAUCUGCGCUGCAGAGGAAUGUCACCUGGAGAAAAAACAGAUAGUGCUGCAGGCAGUAUGCAUGAGAGCCACGAGGCCCUCACACCUGAGUUACAGGCUAUGUUGAAGCGCGUCUACCAGGAAAGCUGCAGAAUCCUGUCUUUGUCCCAUCGCCCUGCCCCAUCUGGCCAGUCACGCCCAGAUUCUGAGCCUGCCCCACCCCACUCCUGGCAGAGGGAGAGACGGGCCUUACAGGAGACCAUCCUAUCACUCAGAGAGCUGCUCUGCAGGAUGGCUGACAGGGAACCCAGGACUGACCAGGGGGAUGUGGACUGGAGGCGUGAGCUAUUGCAGGUGGUCCGCAGUGUGUUUGACAGUGAAAGGGAGUGGCUUCACUCUCAGCUUCAGGCUUUCAUGGCAACUACUACUCAGAUGGACCUCACCCCUUUGCUGGAUCAGUUAAAGAAACUGUUUCAGAAGCAGGAGGAGCAGCAGUGGAGAUCUCUAGAGCAGCUGUUCAAUGCAGACCGUCACAGUCUAUUGGCUGAGGUGCGCAGCCUGCAUGCGCAGCUGCAUGCAAGCACCCAGCAGAGCCAGGAACAGCUACGGCAGCUGCAGGAUUCCCUGGACACUGCAAAAGAACAGGGCAUGGAAGUGCAACAUCAGCUGCGUAGAGAUGCUGAAGAGCUGGAGUUGCAGCUGCAACAGGAACAGACAGUGUCACAUGAUCUGCGCACCUCUCUGAAAGCUGAGAAAAGUAGGGGAUUGGAGCAGCAGAGGCAGUUAGAGGCGGAGCUUAAGGCUGUGUCAGUGCUGAAGGCGGAGCUAGAGGAGACCAGGCUACAGCUUCAGUCUACAUACAAAAAUCUAGAUGAAUUGAAGAGCCACAAUCAAAAGCUCAGGCAAAAGCUGGAAAAUGUUGAGGCUGAACAUCAAGCCUGUCUACAGGCAUUGGAGAAAGAGCAGGCUAGAGUACAGGAACUGCAGGAGGACCUUCAGCAGCAGCGACUCUUCGACCAGCAGACAGUUGAGCAAAACCACCAAACACAGGAGUCUUUGCACCAAGCUUUGAAUGAGCAAGCGUCACAUGUCAGUCAGCUUAACUCCGCACUGGAACAGGAGCGCAUCACAUCCAGUAACCUGCGCUCUGAGCUCCAGAUUGAGCAGUCUCGUUGUGAGGCCCUGUUGGCCCAGGAGCACGAACGCACCGAACUUGUGCUUUCCCGCCUGGAGGAGGAACGUUCCCGAUCGGCGGAGCUCUCAGAUUUGCUCUCUCGCCAAGCCCAGGAGCACACGCGCCGUUUAGAGGAGGAAGCCCGCAGACAGGAAGCGGCCAGUGCCCAUGACAGAAAGUUUAUUCAGGACCUACGGGCUCAAUUGGAACAGGAGAGGCGUCAGGGGGAGGACCUGGCAGCCAUGUUGGAACGUCUGCAAGGGCAGGUGCUGGAAGGGAAGCGCAGGCAAGCGGAGGAGGCAGAGCAGGAGACACACAAGGAGCAGGAGGAAGUGAGGAGGCUCCGUGCAGCUCUGGAGGGCCUGCAGACUCAGAAAACAGGGGUUGGACACACUCUAGAUGCAGAGCGAGAGAGAGCUGCUCGGUUACAAACGGAGUUGGAUGUGAUGAAGGAAAAGAUGAGAGUGGUGAAAGAGAGGGAGAAAGUGAGGGAGGAGCAGAUGGAGAGGCAGAGGAAACAGGAGCAGGUGGAAAAGGAGCGACGACAGGAACGCACCAAUGAGAAACUGUUGGAGUUGGAAGUGUUGCGUCAGAAGGAUCAGCAGCGGUUGAGGCAGCUACAGCAGACGCUGGCUGACCUGGAGCAGAAAGAGAAACAACUCGCGUCAGAUCGCCUGCAGAGAGACACGCACUCCAAUGGCCUGACCUUUGGCCAGAAUGCACUCACAAACAUCCCUCAGGAUUCUACCUCCUCCACUCCCUCACUAAUGGAACGUUUGCUGAAGGAGAACACUGAGUUCUCUGAGUGUCUCGCUGCUCUGAGUGAGGAGAAGAUCUCCCUCAAACACACUAUAUCCUGUUUGGAGAGAGACCUGCAAAGCCUGAAACGCCAGGAGCAGGUGAAUUCUCCUGCUGUUACGGAGCAGUGCAUGUUAUCGGAGAAGCUGGCCUGGCAGAAGGAAAAAGCAACUCUUCAGGCUGCGCUGCGUAAAGCAGAGACUGAACUGUCAAAAGUCACUGCUAGCAAUGAAAACAGACCCAACUAUGACCUCUCCAACAACAAGGUGCAGCGACUUUAUGAGAGAUACCUGCGAGCAGAGAGUUACAGGAAGUCUCUGGUUUAUCAAAAGCGUUAUCUGCUGUUGCUGCUGGGAGGGUUUCAAGAGUGUGAACAGGCUACUCUUGCGCUCAUCGCUCGUAUGGGUGCCCAGCCAACGUUGAGCCAAUCACAGGUCUCCAGGCCUCUAAACCGCUUCAGAACGUCUGUCAGAGUAGUCAUCGCUAUCUCAAGACUGAAGUUCCUCACCAGGAAAUGGCAGAGAGCUACAAGGAAAAUCUCAGUAGGCAGUGCCACAGUUAACGGGCGUGGAACAGAACCAAGCACAGUUCCUGCUUUGAGGACUGAAGUGCUGAGGCCACAGCAGACUGGAGUUGCGUUCAACUCUCCACCCACACGUGAUCAUGCCUUGGCUCAAAGGGGCGUGGCCUCGUCUCUGGUGCCGCCAAUCAAAUCACCCUUCAGACUGAAUCAUAGAAUGUACACAAGUCCAGUGAUGGGACCAGCUGAACGCUCCUUCAGCUCUACCCAAGAUCAAGAACGUUCCCUUACGGAGUAUAUCCAACAUUUGGAGACUGUCCAGCAGCGUCUGGGAGCCGGUUGUCCAGGUUCACCAUCAAUGCUUCCAUAUGCCAGAAAAUCUGAUCGAUGAAUGAAGAAAUCUUGUCACUAGUGCCAGUCUGUGUUUUACAUUCAUACAUUUUUAAUUGCCAUCUUUUUUUUAUGCUUUAUCAUUUUAGCUGAAACAUUGUCACCGAUAACGUGUUAUUUUGUUUUGCAACCAGUGCUGGAUAUUUUCACUUUUUUUUUGUAUACAAUU